AUGUUUAAUGAACAUGAACAGUGUGCAAAUGACAUCAGUGCUCCUGAUGAGGAAAUGGAUAUUGAUAUAACUGAAGAACAGAGCAAUGCGAAUGAACCCAAUGAGAAUGAACACAAUGAAUCUAAUGAUGACACUCCUGCAGAAGAGCAAUCGAGAGGCCUUGCCUUGGACACAUGUCUUCAGCCCCCAGAUCUCGGCCAGCAGCUGUUGACUUAUGAUGAUGGGAUAUUUUGCAUUGCCCCAGCAGAGAGAAACUCUCCUGUAAACACUUUCAAAAUUCCUAAACUUGAGUCUAUGGCGUUUCCAGUGCAGUUUCCUGAUGGCACGAACACAUUUGAUGAGCCGGACAGAGCAAAAAAUGUUUCCCCCAGCAGAUACUUUAACUCUAGACUAUUCUCUAUUGACAAUCGUUGUGUGAAGGAUACCAACUAUAUCUUCUUUGCGCAGUUUGUGACUGAAAUGCACAUGGCCACAUCUAGUAUGUCUAUCCAACUGAGGAAAGGAAAACCCAUGACCCUUGAUGGACGCAGAAUAAACUGUUCACUGCUGCAGGACAAACAGGAGUUAGAAAAGCUUGUGAAUAAUAAGGAAGCUACACGAUUCAUGCAACCAUUAAGAGGGACUCCAGCAUACUGGGAGAAAUCUCUCCGUGAUCUGUUUGCGAUGCUGAGACAUCUCGGAACUCCUACAUUUUUCUGUACGUUUAGUGCUGCUGAAAUGAGAUGGCCUGAUGUGAUUACUGCUAUUAAAGCACAACAAGGUGAAACCGUAAACUUUGCUGAAUUAGACUGGUCUGAAAAAUGUGAAAUCCUUAGAAGUAACCCUGUGACAGCGAUGAGAAUGUUCGAGAAACGAGUUGAAGCCCUGAUAAGAGAUUUGAUCAUUUCCACUGUGUAG